AUGUGGAGAAUUGGGAGCUUUCCAACCCAGAACGAGACAGAAUUUCCAGCGGUCACAGGGAACCAGGAAACGGUCACUUCGUCACCGCCAACGCUUCUCUUCCAGGCGAGACAUUCUGGGAAAACAGUAGCUUACUGUGGCAUAAAGCGAAUCUAUGUUGAGUCCGCUAUUACCUGCAUCGGAGAUCCGUCACUCCUCCGCAAACCCCAGUGUGCCGUAACUGCCAUGCGGGACAGCCUUCGCCCACACCAGCCGUCCGAUAUCACCCCAUUCUUGUUCGCGGGAACGUUUGUCAGUUUCUCUGCGCGUCUCGCCCAGUCCGCCGGCCAAGGCCAUGCGGGAUACGCGACAGUCACAGAGCGCUACCUCAACAAUACUGAGAAUCCACUCCUCGCCGACGCCAGACACAUGACUCUCUAUGACCAGCCCAAACGAGUUUUCUCGCAGCGCCUCAGCCAAGUUCUGAACACAUACUUUCUUCCCAGCCUCCUCCCAGAAGGCAUCGUUGACGACCUCUCAGUUACCCUCUCACAAGACUCCACACCCGAAAAGGGCUGGAACUUGAAUAAUACCCUGUCACGGACGGCGACUGCCAUCGUAACCAACCACUCAGCGGAGACCUACGCCGUUUCCGGCGGAUGGGUGGCUAUUUUCAUCUUCUCCUCUCUAGUCAUGUUCGGCGCAGCCGUAAUGUCCGCAAUCUUAGCCCACCGAACGUCAAUUCCGGAUGUGUUGGGGUACGUGUCAAGUUUCACAAGAGAUGCCAAGUACUUUCCGCUGCCGCAGGGAGGUUCUAGGCUGGAUGGAUUGGCGAGAUCUAGGAUUUUGAAGAAUUGGGUGGUGAGGCUAGGAGAUGUCAAAGGCUCAGAUGAAGAAAUUGGCCAUCUGGCAUUUGCGGAGGUGAGGGCUGCCGGGAGAGCAAGGAAAGGCCGACUGUAUUGGUAA